AACGACGGCACAAGACAAAAGGGCGGGCAUAGCCGAAGAGGCAAAUUGUGUGGUGGGCUUUGCCAUCAAAUCCCAACCCGGGAUCAUCAACCACAGGGCGCGCUAUCCACAUCGUUUCCCGCGCAAAUGAACGCCAUGGCCGCCCCCGCCACCGCCUCCACGUUGCUCCCGGCGAGGACCUACUCAAGCGCCCGCCCCGUCGCACGGACCGCUGCCCGGUGCCUCCCAAGAAGGUCAGGAGGAGAGAGCAUGCUGUCGCCCUCCCCUCUCCGCUUGUCCGCCGGGAGAACGCGGCGAGCAGAGGCAGCUCGCGCGUCCGCGGCGGGCGCGGGCGGAGCGCCGGCUGCAGCCCUGCCGGCGGCGCUGCUCUUCGACUGCGACGGCGUGCUCGUGGACACCGAGAAGGACGGCCACCGCAUUUCCUUCAACGAGACUUUCGCCGAGAGGGAAUUAGGUGUGAGCUGGGAUGUUGAAUUGUACGGAGAAUUGCUCAAGAUAGGUGGUGGGAAAGAAAGGAUGACAGCACAUUUCAACAAGACAGUGUGGCCAGCUAAAGCGCCAAAGACUGACGAAGAAAGAAAGGAAUUUAUUGCUUCUCUUCACAAGAGGAAAACAGAAUUGUUUAUGGCCCUAAUUGAGAAGAAGUUGCUUCCUCUCCGUCCAGGUGUUCAAAGGUUAAUUGAUGAAGCUCUAGGAAAAGGGGUGAAAGUUGCAGUAUGCAGUACUUCAAACGAGAAAGCUGUUUCAGCAAUAGUAUCGUGCUUACUGGGGCCCGACCGAGCAGAAAAGAUUACCAUAUUUGCUGGGGAUGUGGUUCCUCGCAAAAAACCUGAUCCGGCAAUCUACUUGCUAGCAGCAACUACAUUGGAAGUUGAUCCAUCUAGCUGUGUUGUUGUUGAAGACAGUAACAUAGGGCUUUCAGCGGCCAAAGCUGCUGGUAUGAAGUGCAUUGUAACAAAAAGCGGGUACACCGCCGACGAGGACUUCGUGAUAGCGGACGCCGUGUUCGAUUGCAUCGGCGACCCUCCGGAAGGGCGCUUCGAUUUAGAGUUCUGCGCCAACCUCCUCCAGAAACAAUUCGUGAGCUGAGUAAGCAUGCGCUCAGAGUCAACCGGCCUCGUACAUAAAUCUUGUACAGAAGUUUGCCAAGAGUGGUAACCACCACUUGUAAAUGGUUUUGAAUAUAAAAGAAACGCCGCUAUUUUGCACAAUGCACAAAGAAAUGGCUGGCAUUCAGCGACACUUGCAAAAA